CAUUUCCUCAGCGACUACAAAUUGUAUAUUGUAUUGUUUUCAUGUUUACCGGGUUUGCUUAAGUUUACUGAGAAAUAAAUUGCCAAGAUGUCGAAGGCUAUUAAGUACUAUUACGAUUUCCUGUCGCAGCCAUCCCGCGCCCUUUGGAUUGCCAUGAAAUUGGGCAAAACCCCUUUCGAAGACUGCCCAGUUGCUCUGCGAAAACAGGAGCAAUUGACCGACGAGUACCGGAGUAUCAAUCGAUUCCAAAAGGUGCCGGCCAUCGUGGAUGGUAAAUUUCAGUUGGGCGAGAGUGUCUCCAUAGUGCGAUAUCUCGCGGAUAAAGGAGUCUUCAGUGAACAGCUGUACCCCAAAGCCUUAGAGGAUCGGGCGCGAGUGGACGAGUUCCUGGAGUGGCAGCACUUCAAUGUCCGCAUGGUGUGCUCCCUGUUCUUCCGUCAGGUGUGGUUACUUCCGGCAAAGGGUCUGGCGCCGGCUCCAAAACCCGAGGUUGUCAAGAAGCUUAUCAAGGAUGUAGAGGGCAAUUUGGGUCUACUGGAACGCCUCUGGCUGGAUAAGGAGUUUUUAAUCGGAGACAAACUUACCGUGGCAGACAUCUUUGGCGCUUCAGAAAUCAAUCAGAUGAAGCUCUGCCAGUACAACGUAAAUGAGAAGCAAUUCCCCAAGGUGGCCAAGUGGAUGGAACGCGUUCGAGAUGCUACGAAUCCUUACUAUGAUGAGGCCCACAGUUUUGUCUACAAGACAUCCCAGCAGGCAGCCAAGGCCAAAAACUGAUUCCUUUAUGACAUUGACUAGUUUAUUAAUUUAUUGCAUUUAUUAGGAUUUUAAAUCCAUGUUGUGCCUUAUUA